AUGGACCUCCCAAGCUGUGCCCUGUCGUGCUUUCUCGGAGCCGUUGGCAACUCGACAUGCGCCAUUAGUGACUUGGCCUGUAUCUGCGCGAAUACUCAGGUCAGUGCACAGCUAGAGCCAUGUGUUCUGGGUGUGUGCACAGUCAAGGAAGCCCUGCAUACGAAGAACUUCACGUACACGACAUGCGGAUACCCGACGAGCGAUAAUACCACCAUCUUUCCUCUUACCAACCUCAUCGGCAUCAUUGUCGCAAUUCUUGCCGUUGCGUUGCGUGUGACAUAUCGUGCUGUGGACCGGCGGUUGGGGUUGGAUGAUAUCAUGAUCGUUAUUUCUCUACUUUUUGCUGCCGCUAUUUCUGGCAUCGGGCUUAAGCUUCGCGAUUAUGGUCUAGGCAAAGACAUGUGGACGAUUCCAUUCGAGGACAUUCGGCAGACACUCAAACUAUUCUUCAUCGAGGAAGAGCUCUACUGCAUAUGCAUCGCCCUUAUCAAGAUCUCCAUGUUGCUCCUCUAUCUCCGUCUCUUCCCCAAUGCAGGGACUCGUACAACUGUCUUUGUCGCCCUCGGUCUCACCCUUGUCUGGGGCGUUGUCAGCUUCUUUGUGCUGCUCUUUUCGUGCUGGCCUAUAUCCUAUUACUGGAAUGAGUGGGAUGGUGAGCACGAGGGUCGUUGUAUCAGCCACAACAAUAUCCUACUUGCGCACUCUACUAUCAAUAUCAUUCUUGAUGUGGGUGUCAUGUGUAUUCCGAUGCCAACCCUAUGGAACCUGCACAUGCCGCUUGAGAAACGGUUGGGAGUGUGUAUCAUGUUUGCUGUUGGCAUUGUUGUCACGGUCAUUAGUAUCUUCCGGCUCGUAGAAACGGUCGGAUUCAACAGUACCACCAACCCAACCAAGGACUUUGUCCCUGUCGGAAUCUGGUCCCUCCUCGAAUUCGACGUCGCAAUCAUGUGCGCGUGCAUGCCCGCAAUCCGAGCCCUCUUCAUCCGCCUCUACAAAACUCUCAUCAAAGAACCCCUCAAAGCCUACACCAGCUCCGCCCGAAUCAAGUCUAGCACCGUAUAUGGGUCAGGCCCAGGCUCCGGUUCCACCGGGUCCCGUUCUCGCGUCCGUUCCAUUGACCCUUACCACGCCGCGAUGAAAUCCAGCCCUGACAACCCCGAGCAGUUCAUUCAGCUUCAGGAGAUCGAAAGUGGCGAUGAUUCGCUGAGUACUCUGCCCCCUGCGGGGAACCCGAGGACGAAGCGGCAUAGUAUAUUUUCGAGGAGGCCUAGUGAGCCUCGCUCGCCUGGUUCGGCGACUUUGCCGUCCUCACCAGGGGCUGGUCGGCGCAUCCUUCCUUGUUGA